CUUCCCAGAGUGCUUUUCUUCUUCCUGUUUCUUGCUGCGCAGCGUGUAAACGCCGCGGCCUGUACCUUCCCUGUGUGUUUGUGUGAGUGAACCUGUGUGCGCUAUGGGAGUCCCGGCAUUCUUCCGAUGGCUGAGCCGCAAGUACCCGUCCAUUGUGGUGCACACGACGGAGGAGAAGGUAAGCCCCGUGUACAGAGACUUUCCCAUUUAUAUUGGGGGCCGUGACCGGCACAAUGGCCGCUGGCUCCCAGAUAUAUUAUAGUCCGGGCCCCAGGGCACACCUUCUGUGGGUAGUCUGUGGGCUCCCCCCCUCUGUGGGUAGUCUGUGGGCUCCCCCCCUCUGUGGGUAGUCUGUGGGCUCCCCCCCUCUGUGGGUAGUCUGUGGGCUCCCCCCCUCUGUGGGUAGUCUGUGGGCUCCCCCCCUCUGUGGGUAGUCUGUGGGCUCCCCCCCUCUGUGGGUAGUCUGUGGGCUCCCCCCCCCUGUGGGUAGUCUGUGGGCUCCCCUCUGUGGGUAGUCUGUGGGCUCCCUCUGUGGGUAGUCUGUGGGGCUCCCCUCUGUGGGUGAUCUGUGGGCUCCCCCCUCUGUGGGUGUCUGGGCUCCCCCCCUCUGUGGGUAGUCUGUGGGCUCCCCCCCUCUGUGGGUAGUCUGUGGGCUCCCCCCCUCUGUGGGUAGUCUGUGGGCUCCCCCCCUCUGUGGGUAGUCUGUGGGCUCCCCCCCUCUGUGGGUAGUCUGUGGGCUCCCCCCCUCUGUGGGUAGUCUGUGGGCUCCCCCCCUCUGUGGGUAGUCUAUGGGCUCCCCAGGAGAACAGAACACAGCUAUAGGGGCACCUGGAUUGGGAGCUCCCCAAUAAAACAGGACUUGUUUAAUGUGCUCAGCCUGUGCAUGGCCUUCCUGAGAGACACACUCAGGGCUAUCUAGUUGGACAUUUCAAAUAUUAGGGAACAAAGUAGCCCAGCCUUAGUGUGUGCUAAACUUGGAAACUGACUUUGAAUUAACAACAGUUUGCAUUUAAAAUCCCUGACCAGCAGCCAUGCACACUGCUGGCAGUGUAUUUAAUCACACAGUGCGUACAGCUGCCAUGCACACUGCUGGCAGUGAAUUAAAUCACACAGUGCGUACAGCAGCCAUGCACACUGCUGGCAGUGGUAUUAAAUCACACAGUGCGUACAGCAGCCAUGCACACUGCUGGCAGUGUAUUAAAUCACACAGUGCGUACAGCAGCCAUGCACACUGCUGGCAGUGUAUUAAAUCACACAGUGCGUACAGCAGCCAUGCACACUGCUGGCAGUGUAUUAAAUCACACCGUGCGUACAGCUGCCAUGCACACUGCUGGCAGUGUAUUAAAUCACACAGUGCGUACAGCAGCCAUGCACACUGCUGGCAGUGUAUUAAAUCACACAGUGCGUACAGCUGCCAUGCACACUGCUGGCAGUGUAUUAAAUCACACAGUGCGUACAGCUGCCAUGCACACUGCUGGCAGUGAAUUAAAUCACACAGUGCGUACAGCAGCCAUGCACACUGCUGGCAGUGUAUUAAAUCACACAGUGCGUACAGCAGCCAUGCACACUGCUGGCAGUGUAUUAAAUCACACAGUGCGUACAGCAGCCAUGCACACUGCUGGCAGUGUAUUAAAUCACACAGUGCGUACAGCAGCCAUGCACACUGCUGGCAGUGUAUUAAAUCACACAGUGCGUACAGCAGCCAUGCACACUGCUGGCAGUGAAUUAAAUCACACAGUGCGUACAGCAGCCAUGCACACUGCUGGCAGUGUAUUAAAUCACACAGUGCGUACAGCAGCCAUGCACACUGCUGGCAGUGUAUUAAAUCACACAGUGCGUACAGCAGCCAUGCACACUGCUGGCAGUGUAUUAAAUCACACAGUGCGUACAGCAGCCAUCCACACUGCUGGCAGUGUAUUAAAUCACACAGUGCGUACAGCAGCCAUGCACACUGCUGGCAGUGUAUUAAAUCACACAGUGCGUACAUCAGCCAUGCACACUGCUGGCAGAGUAUUAAAUCACACAGUGCGUACAGCAGCCAUGCACACUGCUGGCAGUGAAUUAAAUCACACAGUGCGUACAGCAGCCAUGCACACUGCUGGCAGUGAAUUAAAUCACACAGUGCUCACACAGUGCAUACAGCAGCCAUGCACACUGCUGGCAGUGAAUUAAAUCACACAGUGCGUACAGCAGCCAUGCACACUGCUGGCAGAGUAUUAAAUCACACAGUGCGUACAGCAGCCAUGCACACUGCUGGCAGUGAAUUAAAUCACACAGUGCGUACAGCAGCCAUGCACACUGCUGGCAGUGAAUUAAAUCACACAGUGCUCACACAGUGCAUACAGCAGCCAUGCACACUGCUGGCAGUGAAUUAAAUCACACAGUGCUCACACAGUGCAUACAGCAGCCAUGCACACUGCUGGCAGUGAAUUAAAUCACACAGUGCUCACACAGUGCAUACAGCAGCCAUGCACACUGUUGGCAGUGUAGUAAAUCUCUUGUUUCUUGGCUGAGGCAGAGUAAGGAUGACCGAUGUUACUGGGUAACAAUACAGUUUCCGUCUUGUAGAUGCAUGCUGUUGAUGGGUUUUAAUAUGUAUCCUGUAUAGAAUGGGGAGUCCAAAUCAUGUAGCCUUUAGUUGGCUUAGAAUUAUGAGAACUUCUUUAAAAGAUUACCUUUAAUCCUUUUCCCACUUAAGUUAAAAAAAAAAAAAAGCAUGGAUUUCUAAAAGUACGGUAAUAGGAAUGUAAAUUAGUACUGGUGGCUGCGCUCUGACUCAUCCGUUAGCGCCACCCUACGAUGGAGCAAUUACUAAAGUCUGCGACUAGUGGAGGUGCAAACUUGCUGCAAAAACCCACAACCUGGCCAAAGAUUUAAAUAAAAAAUAAAAAUUCUACAUCCCUUAUAUGAUAUGUAGCAAGGUCAAUAUACCUUGCCUGUCAGCCAGUUAUGUGCUAAAUAUUUAAUGGUGGAGGAGAACAGGAGAACUCUUCUGCAGGUUCUCUUCCUGUUACUGCAACUAAAGUGCAUGCAUUAUGUUUGUGGUGUUUUCUUAUAGCAGUGCUGUCCAAAAUCAAAUUAACUCAUUUAAUAAACUUUUUUUUUUUACAUUCCCUUUAUCUCAUCUGUCCUUCUCCGCCCCUUCUCUUCUCAUUCCAGCCUUUUCAUUUAUCUCUUUUUCUUAUCCCCCAUCCCCCUGUUAAUUCCAUUUUCCUUUUAUCAUUCUCUCGUUAUGCUUGGUUUUAAGGAACACAAUAGGGUCAGGAACAAAAAAUAUUUAUUCCUGACCCUAUAGUGUUAAAAAUACCAUAUACCUGUCCCCUAAAUAUAGUAAAAUCUUACCUUUAUUCCAGUCUGCUGCUGGCUCUGCCCCUGAUCUGCCUGCUUGGCUGACAUCAUCAGAAGUGUUGAUCUCAACAAAUAAUGCUUUCCCAUAGGAAAGCACUCUUCUACUCAUUUUGUUUUUCUGCAUAAUUACUCUUCCCUUCAUAUUUUUUCCCUGUAUCUACCUCUUCCAUUACCAUUCAUUUUCACCCACUCCUUUCAGUCUAACACCAGUUUUGGCAAAUCUCUUCUUUCCUUUAAUUUUAUCUCCUGCUUCCAAGUUCUCAUUGAGACCCGCUAAUUUUGGUGCUUUUGUUGGCAGAUGACAUUAACCAAUCACUAGUGCAAGAAUAGGCAACCUUCAGCACUGCAGAUGUUUUGGACUACACCUCCAAUGAUGUUUUGCUAACAUUGCUGUAAGAGCAUUGUGGGAGAUGUAGUCCGCAACAGCCGAUCCCUGCGUGACUAGUGUCUAACGCUUUUCUUCUUCUCAUUUUGGUGGACGUGCUCCUGGGGAAUAGCAUAGGUCUUUAACACCUUAAAAGAACAGUCUGAUCACGAUAACGUAAUUGCAAUGAAAUUGUUGUGGUGUGGGGAUGUCCUGGGCGCCAUCUUACCUGAAGGUGUUAAAUCUUUAUCUCCCCAUUGGGAAAAGUGAGAAGAUAAGAUGUAUACUUUUUUUUUUUUUUUUUGUGCUAAUGUUUCUCAAUGGGCAGUUGCUUAGAUUGUCAGCUGUGUCUGGCCUGAGGGUUCCUGGUUAGCAUUAAACAGAAGCGUUCAGAAGCUGGCUUGCAGACUUUGGGGAUAAACAAUUAGUCAAUGAUUUAACUGUUUCAGAUAAGACGGCACACAUUUUUCUGUAUUUGUUAUAAUUUGUGUUCAUUGUUGUCCUAUUAAAACCAUUACUAAAAUCUUCUUUUUUUUUUAAAAAAAAUAAAUAAAAAUUUUUUAACCAGCCAAAAGAAUGCAAUGGCAUCAAGAUACCAGUGGAUACAAGCAAACCCAACCCAAAUGAAGUUGAAUUUGAUAACCUGUAUUUGGAUAUGAAUGGUAUCAUCCAUCCAUGUACUCAUCCGGAGGACAAGUAAUUUGCUUUAUUUACUUUUUAACCUGGCAUUUUAAUCUUGAAUAUAAUGCUUUGAAGUAAUCAAUCUUAUCUAUAACCAUUUCAGACCAGCACCCAAAAAUGAAGAUGAAAUGAUGGUUGCAAUUUUUGAGUACAUUGAUAGACUUUUCAACAUAGUACGACCCAGGAGAUUACUCUACAUGGCCAUUGAUGGUGUGGUAAGUGUAAUGAACACAAAUAUUAAAAUGUCUCUAUUUGUCCUACAGCUUUAUGGUAAAAGGGGGAAAAAAACAACUCUUUGUGUUAGUCUUGCUUACAAUAUCAGGAAAUGAUGUAUACAUUGUGAAAAUAGAAAUGCACUGUCUAAAUCCAUGGUCAGCAUAACUAGAUAGUUCAGUUGUACCCUGCAGUUAACAUUUUGUUUGGUGACUUCAGAUUUCUGACUACAGAAAUUUGAUACGAUAUUGUACACACUUUAAACCACAGUAUGAUUGUAUCCUUCUUUCAGUGUUUGAACAGAUAUCCUUUUUUUUUAAGGUAGUUCUAAAAUUAUCAGUAUACAUAUAGCUCUGGGAAAAGAGAUCACAAAUGUAUCCCUGGUAUGGUAUUAUGGGUAUGGGUUUACGUAAAAUAAAAAAAUAUAUAUAUUUUUUUUAUUCUAUAAACUACUCAAAACAUUUCUCCCAAAUUCCAAAUAAAAUUUUUAGUUUUAGCAUUUAUUUGCAAAAAAAAAACUGGUAAAAAUGACAAAAUAUAUUGUCUUCAGACCACCAAUAAUGAAAGGGGUGGGUGGGAAGUCCAUAUUAAUUUAUAAUCACAAUACUUAACUUUCAAGUUCAAAAAUUUGUAUUUGGUGCAAUAACCCUGAUUUUCAGUCAUUGCUUUCAUGCGGCUUGGCAUGCUCUACUUCAGCCUUUCAUUAGGACACCCCUUCUGGCACAAAAAUAUAAGCAGCUCAGCUUUGAUGCUGUGUGAGCAUCCAUCAUUCCAAAGGCUUUCAUUGGGGUUCGGGUCUGGAGAUUGGGUUGGCCAUAACAUGUUCUUGAUCCAGUGAUCCCCAUCCACACCUUGUUUGACCUGGCUUGGUGGCAUGGAACAUUGUUCGGCUGGAAAAAAAGAAUCCUCAGAGUUGGAGAGCAUUGUCAGAGCAGAAGGAAACCUAUUUUCUUCCAAGAUAACCUUGUACAUGGCUUGAUUCAUGCAUCCUUCACAAAUAUAAAUCCAGUCUUGCUGAAGCAUUCCCAGAUCAUCACCUAUUCUCCACCAUAUUUCCCAGUGGGUGCAAGAUACUGUGGCUUAUAGGACUCUCCAGGUCUUCGUCUAAACAAAGCUGAAAAUCGGAUGCUGAGAAGACGCCUUACUUCAGUCUUCUACAGUCCAACCUUUGUGGGAUUUUUUUUUUUUUCGUUGGCUUUGUACAACUUCAGUUCUGACUCUAGGAGACUGUUUCGAUUCAUUACAAAUUGUCCUUGCUGUACACUUCAUCCCCAGCUGCAAGUUGCCAUUAAUUUUUAUUUUUUUUGGUCAUAUGUUAUCCAACAGUUGUCAAGUGACAUUCAAAUGAGGUGGCAGUCAUGACAGGGGAGAGUAGAUUUUACCCUCUGCUGGUCUACAGCUCUGUUACCAAUGUCUGCUGUUUUACCCUGUUAUUAUGGUCCAUCUUUGAAAUUUUAAGGAUGGAAGCAACCGGGCACUCAUUGUAUUCCUGUAUCCGUAAAGCCAGAAUGAAACUCUUCUUUUAUCUAUAAAAAAGUCUGUUUCCAAUUACUUUUGAGGUACUAUUAGCACUUCCAUACUUGUAGAGAUACCUAUUUAAGAAAAAAUGGAAUUGCCUUUUUUUUUUUUUAGUGUUUUAUAUAGACUAGGUGUUAACGACAAAUAUGCAUCAGUUGAGGUGAGAAGUACAAAAAAAAUAGGUUUGUCUUACAGUGAAAAGAUAUUAUAUUUGUGAGCUGCUACCAACUCUGUGUGAAUGUCCCUCACAUUCACUGCAAAUAAAAUAAAAACUUUCACUGUGUGGUGUAUACACCCACCCCAAUGAAACAGUGGAGUGCUAGAAAUUGUCACUUACCCUAUAAUUUCGGUAAGUUUUAACGUCAUAUGACCACAAAAAUACAAACCUAGUGUAGUGUAUCCAGUACUAUAAAGAGGGUAUUACUCAAUAUUGGUACACUCCCAUUUAACUGAGCCCCACAGGAUAGGCUCAGAUCACUUGGGCAAAUGUGUACUAUGGUGACUUUUCCUCUGUAUCUGUAUAUAUUUGGAAUACAGAAAGUGGGGAAAAAACCUAGUGCAAUAUGUCAAUGCACUUUUGAAUAUAGACAUAUUGCACUAGGUUUUCUCCCACUUUCUGUAUUCUUUUUAUAAAAGGUAGCCUGGCCUCUACCAGGAGCAUUUAAAUAUCAGAAGCCUCUGGGAAUGCGUAACAUGGAUGUAUGUUCCAUAGGGAGGCUCUUCUUGUUCCUACACUUCCAACUGCCACACCUUGUUUGGCAUUUGAAACUUGCAUAAAAAUGUACCAUGGCAAUAUUAUAAACUGUCCUGAGACCCUACUCUGGUCUGUGAUACUCUUCUAUUUGUAAUCAGUGAGUUAUUUGAAAUUUAUGAAUUACAUUAUUUCAGGCCCCAAGAGCUAAAAUGAAUCAACAGCGUUCUAGGAGAUUUCGUGCUUCGAAGGAAGGAGUGGAAUUGACUGAUGAGAAAAGUCGCAUUCGUGAAGAAGUGCUGUCCAAAGGUACAAUUACACAUAGCUUGCAAAUUAUGCUAAAACAUGUAAUAUAUAUGAAUUUUCCAAUUAGAUUGUGGUGGGGAAAAAUUGUGAUUGAAAACCCCUUCCACCUGAAGUCAGUGGACACAACUUAGGAAAAGAUGCAAAGCCAUUAAACCCCACCAUAACCUAUUUGGAUUUUGCUUUCCAAGCACUACCAAGCCUCAAUAAGCAAACCAGUAAGCAAACUCAUGCUGACGAGUUGCAUUAACAACGAAUCAGCUGUCCAUGAGUGGUUUACUGGCUUUGCAUCUUUUCCUAAGUUGUGUUUCAAGCAGUUGUAUACAGCAAACACAGACUAAAAGGAAUCCAUGUUUAAAAUGGAAUGAGGCAAAAAAUGAUUCUUUGUUAAGCUAAUUUGCAUAUGCCCACCCAGAAUCCUUUGCGGUAGUAACAUCACUGCAGAUUUGUGAUUUCUUUGGGAAAAGCAAGUCUUAUGGCUUGACUGGUGUGCAGAUUUAUGUUGAACAUUGUAUGAAAAAAAAAAAAUAUAUGUAUGUAUAUGUAUAUGUAUAAUUUUUUUUUAAGCAGCGAAUACAUUUGGAAAUAUACAGAUUUUUCACCCAUAGAUGUUUGUAGGAAUGUUAAGUUUAUUGACCUCUUCACAAUGUGCUAGUCAAAUGAACAGCAGCUGUAUACUAAUGGACCUUGUUUUUAGUUUAAACAUCCUUUUCUAACUUACAAUACUUGGACAUUAUGAGAAGCCAUAGGCUAUCAGUGCAGAUUUGCGCUAGGCUGUAAUGAAUGUUGCACUAGGAACCAUAUUUGUACAGGAAGUAACUGCCAGUUAGGUUGAAUUUUGUAAUGUUCCAUUGCACAUGAAACUAGUUAUCUAUUUUUAUUUUUUAUUUUUUUUAUGGUGAUUCUUAUUAAAUGCCCUUGGUAUUAAUCUGAAUUUUUUUUAUUUUUUAUUUUAUAAAUAUUGAUAUGCUUGUAAAUAAUUACAUUUGCAGGUGGCUACCUCCCUCCUGAAGAAAUAAAGGAACGAUUUGAUAGUAACUGCAUUACACCUGUAAGUAGGAUAGGCUAUUUUUUGUGUGUUGGUUUUGUUUUUUCUUGUAUCUCUUAAACAAACCACUUCUUUCUUCUUUUAGGGUACAGAGUUCAUGGAUAACCUGGCAAAAUGUCUCCGCUACUAUGUUGCUGAUCGCUUAAAUAAUGACCCCGGUUGGAAGAAUAUCACAGUAAGCCACUUUGUCCAUUUAAAUUGUCAAAACUAACAAAUCUAAGUUUUCUCAACAAUACAUUAAAUUUUAAUAUAUUGUUGAGAACUUAGAUUUGUUAAAGGAAUACUCCAUGCACCAUAACAUAGUCACCUGAAUUAAUUGGUUAUAAUACCCUUCUGCCGUCUUGCGUUCUAGUGUUUAAUGAACACUGUAGGCACUUGAACUGCUUCUUCUCAUUGAGGUGGUUAUAGUGUCUCGAGAACCCUGGCACCAUCCAUCUGUUUAGUAUUAAACCGUUUUUAUUGGUUUUAUUCUAAACAGGAGUUCCCAGCAGCCAAUCCCCUUUGUGCUGCUUGGGCUUAUGAGGAAGUAUUAACCUGGGCACCAAUAUGCAAUUGUGAUUGAUGGACAAUAUCAACUGACUGCUUUUAGCCUACCACAGAGCCAUUUCUGGCAUGAAGAGGUAUGGCUAGUAGGAUUCGUGUAACCUCUGCUUUAGCCAUACCUCCAGUAAGAGGGCAAUUGGUGGCCAGGGGCCCUCAUUCAUUGUUAAACUGCUCCAAAAUGAUUUAAGACUGAAUGGAUGGGCAAUGGCAGGGGACUCCAGGCACUAUAACCUAUUCGGUGAAAUUGAUUGGUUAUACCUCAGUUGCUAUGUUGUUUAAAUCAUGGAGCCAUGCACUCGGAUAUUAUUUCCCAGAUAAAUUGGACAUAUUAACAUUUCAUUACCUAAUUGUGUAAUGUCGUAAGCCUUUUUUAUUUUUUAAAUAUUUUAACACUGUACCGAGGAAGCAUUACCUCAAGCAAGUGAAUUAUUAGCUGAUAGGCUGAGGCGGUGGGUGCGGCAUGAAGUGCAAAAAGCUUGCUGGCAGACGAUGCAGAGGCUGUCAUUUUAUGGGUCAGUAGAGGAUAUGAAAGAUCUCCUUCCCGAGCCAAGGGCACCCACUGCACAGUGCUUAGGAGACUUUCUGGGCUGCAUUAACCCCUAAUGAUGCCAUUGUUCCCUACACACACCCUUUCUGAUGCUUUUGAUUAGAAGGUGUUCAUACUGUUACAGAGUAAAAAAAGUGACUUCAGACCAAUGGUAUUCUAUGAAGUCUUCUUCUUCCCCCAUUAGUUAUUUAACAGUCUGCCUUUUUGCCACAAACUGAAUCCUGUGGAUGGUAUUGGUUUGUUCCUCACAGCAAAGCGUCUUUAGGCCCAAGAUUGUGAUGGAUGUAAAUACUGUCACUCUUCAUUUGGUGGAUUUAUAUAAAGACCAGUCCAAAAAAAUUUAAUGAAGGUGUUCAUGUUUACUAUAUAUUGGUGAGUGUAAGUAUGAAUAAGGUUAAAAGGUUUUAUUUGGUAUUUAUUUUAUGUCUCUAAGCAGACUGUACAUACUCUUGCUUUCUAGAUAGUCUGUAGAUGUGUUCUGUUCUUGUUUGUGUAGGUCAUCUUAUCAGAUGCUAGUGCUCCUGGAGAAGGGGAGCAUAAAAUUAUGGACUACAUCAGAAGGCAAAGAGGUAUGUACUGACAUGUUGAUUUAUUGAUACUUUCCAAGAUGUGCAAUUUUCUCAUGUUUAUUUACUUUUUAUUUUUUUAUUUUUUAUUUUUUUAUUUUUUUCUGAAACAGCUCAGCCUCAUCACGACCCAAACACUCAUCACUGCUUAUGCGGCGCUGAUGGUAAGAGCAAGAGUGUGGCUUAAGUGUAGAAUAAUGUGUAGAAAUUAAUGUCAUUCUGUUGUGCUAAAAAAAUUUUUUUAUUUUUUUAAAUCUCUGUUCCUCCAUUAAAACCUUAUUUAUGCCAGGGAAUAGAGAAAAGCAUAACUAAGCCAAUUUUUGCUGCAAGAAGGUGGCUUCGUUGGGGACUAGUGGGAAUCUGGCUGUGCGACCGGCUUUCUCUGUGUGUUGGGAGAAAGUGAUCUGUCCCUACCCCUCAGCACUGUCACCCAGGAGGAGUAUGGGGCAGACAGCACAAUCCAGCAAGGGAUGUACUCCACUGCCAGUCCGCAAUGUGUUUCAGUUAUAGGACACUUUUCAAUGUCCUUCAGCCAUACCACCUAUUAUAGUGCCAAUAUAGCCCCAUGAUGGCAGACCGGCAAUAAGUGGAGGUUUUUGCCAUGUGUUAAUGUCUCUUGUAAAUUGCAGUCUUUUUUGUUUUCUGGCUAAUGUGCACGAGAGGGUGGGAGAAGAAAUAUGUGAGGUGAAAGGGCAUGGUCCCAAUGAAUCUAAAGAACAAAACUAGAACAGGCGCCGUGAUUACAGGAUCACUGUAUAUGUUAAGACUUGACCUUCAAUAAGUAUAUAAUAAAAGAUUAUAUAUAGAUAAACAGUAAUUUACUGCUACGUAUGUAUGAAAACAUUAGUAUUGAUACUUAACCUGAGAUGUCUCAUAUAGACCCAAGUAUUAGUAAAAAAUGCAUAGAAACAAGGAUAACAAAAGACAAACACAAAGUGUAUCUAAAAAUGUGUAUAAAUAUAGUCUAAUCUUGAAUAUCAAUCGAUAUUGGAUCUAGAGAUAUCUUCUGUGUCAAGCAGGUAGAACUAACUGAGUAAGAGCUUCGCAUACACUCCUAUAGCAGGGGAGUGUGAACACAUAUCUUGUCCAUAGAUUAUCAGAAGUGCAACAAUAUUGAGCCCGACGAGCAACAAUGUUGCAGAUAGGUAAUCCGAAAUCGUGAGAAAAAGGGAACCUUAGCCAAGUAGUGGUAACCACAUAUGUAAUCAUAUCCCAGUUAGACUAAUCAGAUUAUAACAUACCACUAUUGUGGAAAUGCCCACACACCAGAAAUCAUAUCGCUGUCCUGUGCCUUCUAGGGCACCUAGGCUAAAGAGAUAAGCCGAAACUGCUAGUCUACCAAAGUGCAAAAAUUGGUGUGUAAGCAGGAACGAAUAAAAUUGCGGCACUGCAUUCGAGGGCAAUUAUUCGUUCUUGCUUACACUGCUGCUUCUCUUCCACUUUUUGCGUAUCAAGCUUUUUAUAUCCAUUCUUCAUAAAUGUCUGCCUGCAAAUUGUGUCGCUCAAAUUUGUAUUGAGCUACUUUUUGAUGCAAACUCGAAUAAAAAUAUUUUCUCUCCUUUUUAGCUGAUCUGAUCAUGCUUGGAUUGGCUACACAUGAACCUUUAUUUACCAUCAUCCGAGAGGAAUUUAAGCCAAACCAGCCAAGACCUUGUGCCCUGUGCAGUCAAGUUGGACACGAGCUCAAGGACUGUCAGGGGUUGCCUAGGGAGAAGAAAGGGGAGGUAAGUCGUACAGCAAAUUGAUAGUUCUGUUUCUGCAAGUAGACGGCACCUUUGCCGAUUUAACCUCUGACAUUCUGUUACCAUGUUUUUUAUGCAUUUUUUCAUAUGUACCAUGCCAGUAACAAAAAGAAUCAUGUGCCCACAAAAUUCUGUGGUCCUGAUAAAUCUGGCUUACUGUGGUUAUCCAGAAGUGCCCAACCUGCAGCAAUUGUUGGUAAACCCAUAUAGUACUCAGAAAGCUUGUCUAGCAGAAUUGUGAUUAUGUAGAUUAUCUUCCAUUCAUUUGGCUUUCGAUGAUUGGGAGCUUGGUUUAGACCAACAGGUCCGUAGUGUUUUAUUUUCUCACAGUACAAUAUGUACCUUGGUUUUUUUUUUUUUAUCCACAUACAGAGAGCAAAUGUAUUGAUUGACUGAUAAUUUAACGUCAAAAUUUUUGCCAUUUUGUCAGUUCUGGUGUCUAGACAUGGUCUCUGUAUAAUAAUGUGUGUAUACUUCUGUUGUGUUUAGCACUCACUCUAAUACAUAUAAUCCAUAUAAUGUUUUAUAUCCAACUAUAAAAUAUCAUGCCAAACAUCAUAACCACUACACUCCACUAUAGCCGUUAUGAUGACCAGAUUUGAGUGCCCUUACUGGUUCCCCAGUAAUGAGGCAAACCAUUUAAUAGGUAGGUGACUGCAUAGCUCUGAGGCACCCGGUUGCUGUGAUGAUGCGCUUCUGCAGAGUUGCAGAAGCCAAUGCAGUUGGCUUUCAUGGAUUGAGAGCAUCAGCUGACAUACAGACUCCAGUCACCAUGAACACUACAAACCAGUGAAGUAGUCCUGGUGCUUGGAGAAACCAUUUAAGGAAAUAUGACUAGUAGAUUGGAAAUCAGGCCAUUGAGUAAAAGGCCCCGUUUUAAAACAAUAUAUUUUGUUUGCAGCAUGAUGAAUUUGCGGAUCAACCUCCAGGCUGUGAGCAAGAGUUCAUUUUCAUUCGUCUGAACGUGUUGCGUGAGGUAUUUGUUCAGUGUAUUAAAAAAAGUCUAUAAAGGUUACACUAAAUUUCACAGGCAUUGGUUUCAAUCUUCUGUUUUGUUUUUGUAGUAUCUGGAGAAGGAGCUUGUAAUGACCAGCUUACCCUUUCCAUAUGACUUUGAAAGAGCUUUGGAUGAUUGGGUCUUCAUGUGUUUCUUUGUUGGCAAUGACUUUUUGCCUCAUCUACCAUCUCUUGAAAUCAGGUAAAACUCCAUAAAGGGUAGAGGGCCAAUGACAUGUUGUUCGUUUUUUUUGUUUGUUUUUUGUAUGACUCCUAUCAUUCUCACUUUCAAUGAGCUGAUUGCAGAUCAUAUGAGUCCAGCUGUGACUGGAGCCUACGUGCCAUCCACCGCUGUCUCCAAACCAAAUUAUUUUGUUGUAUAAUGAACAUAUAAUAGACUUAGGCAAGUUUGUAUUAUAAUUUGUCCUCUCUUUUGUCCCAGGGAGGGUGCUAUAGAUCGACUUGUCAACAUUUACAAAAACGUUGUUAAUAAAACUGGAGUAAGCAAUCUUUCUAAGUUUUAGAAAUUCAUUUCUGCAUUCUUUAUUAUAUAGUGUUUAAAAUCCUUAUUUCUGACAUUUAUUUCUUUUUCUCCUCCCACAAUGCUUCAUUUGGCAGGGCUAUCUCACAGAAAGUGGCUUUGUGAACCUUGAAAGAGUACAAAUGAUCAUGCUGGCAGUCGGAGAAGUUGAAGAUAGCAUUUUCAGAAAAAGAAAAGAAGACGAUGUAAGCCAAUUUCUGAUUUGCUACACUACAGCCUUCCCACGAUACCUGUUUUUAGAACAAGCUUUUACACUUAGUGGUAAAUCCUUUCAAGUGAAGAGCGAUGGGUCAGGCACAUUUCAGACUGAGCUCUUUUGUGCAGCAGGGACCUACCAUUUCAGUUUUAAGAUGAUAAUCAAAAAAGGGUCUUGUAUCUUUCACUAUCCCGAGCAAGGAUGAAAUCAUAGCUUCUUACAUUGCUAUUUAGGUUACUGGUGAACUUGCUUUUAGAGAAGCAUUAUCCUCUAGUCUGUUAAUACGGUCUUUUUUAAAAAUGUAAAAAAAAAUAUAUAUAUUUUUUUUUUUUAUUCUUUAGGAACGAUUUAAAAAAAGAAACAAGGAAAAAAGAAAAAGGAUGAAGGUGAAUUCACUGCCCUUUUAAUGAAAAUAAUUAUAAAUCACGAAAUAUUGUUUGAUUUUGAGUAAACUACAUAAAUGAAGCAAUGUAUAAUGUUUGUGCCAACUAUUCUGUAAUGAAAUGACAAUCACUUUAUUAUUCCUUUUUCCUACUAGAUUUUCUCCCCUCCCCACCCCACUUUUAUUUGUUUAGUUUCUCCUUCAGCUUUCCUUGCUUACGUUGCUUUUUCCUUCAACCCCUGCACCAUCAUACUUUCUGACUUAUGCUAUAGAAUGUCGGUCACCGUUCGUUUGGAUCUAAUAAUUCUUGCCACUAUCAUGUACUCAUGUGAUUUUUUUUUUUUGAUUUUUUUUUUGAUUUUUUUUUUUCCUCCCUUUAAGCUUUUUUUCUUUCUACUGUAUUGGUAAAUCAUUUUACUAGUAUAUCCUUAACCUUGAUAGCCAUUGCGUCCUGCAGAGAUGCUCAGUUAGCACAAUGUUCAAACCAUGAAUGUUAUGGGAAGAGAUGGCAUGUGCAUCAUUACAUGGGGGAGAUUGCUAGGCAUGAUCGGGAGUGGUGGUCAAAUUCUUAACUGCAAAGAAAGCAGUUUUCAGUUGUCCUUUAGUUUUUUUUAACCUUUUUCUUGAAAACCGUUAUGCAUCAUUGGCUUGUUGGUAGUCUUCUUAAUUCGAUGUUCGUGACAGAAUGUAAGGAGAAAUGUGUGCCUUCCCUGUAUUUUUCCAUUGUUUUGCUAAGUUUUUUAUUUUUUUUUUAUUUUACAUUUAGAAAUACUUGUAAAUGUGCUGUUUUUUGGUGUACACAUUUUUUUUUUUCUUGUUAGAUGGAACAGCAGCCUGCUUUUGUGCCAACUGGGCAGUUUGCACCACAGGCCCUGGGACGAGGAAAUCGUUCUGCCCCUAAUGCCAUUAACAACCCAAGACAAGCUGCCUAUGAAAUGAGAAUGCAGAAUUCCGUAUGUAUUUUGUUAUCCUGUCUGUAAAGUAAUUUUUUUUUUUUUUUUAUUUACUAAGCAUUGCCUGACACUGGGGUGCAGGGGCAUUAAAUAGUGUGGCCUUUAUUGAUUUAAUUUUAUUAUUUGAAGCAGAAGGGCUCAAUUCUUGAUUCAUUUUGCAGAAUUGUUUUGUCUGUUAUGCAAGGUGUUAAGUAACACAGCUUGCGUAGCACCGUUUUCUUAAGUUUUUGUGACCAUGCAUAUAAUCUUCUCAAUCAAGCUUUUCCAUGGCAAAACAAAUAAUCAUUUGCCCAGUACCAUGUUCUCAUUGUUUUGUUUUGUUUUUUAAUACAAUGUAUCUGGUUGUCAGAAAUUUGGUGAGAAGCAAGAUGCCAACUCCUCUUCAGGAAGCAAAAGAAAAGCCGAUGACAGUGAUAGUGAGCCAGAGCCGGAAGAUAACAUCAGGUGAUGACACUUUUUUCGUUUUAAUAUACUCUUUCCUAGCGCUUUGUUAGCAAAUUGCUGAAUUAGGUUGAGUCUAAUGAAUGCCAUUUAGCUUAUGGCGGCAAUGCCUUUUGGAUCAUUUUCUGUGAUCUUUUUAUCCACCAGUAAUUAAUGUGAAGGGUUACAAUAUUCAGUAAAUUCCAGUGAGAUGAAUAAGCUAAAGCUGCUAAACCCAAGUAUCCAGAUUAGUAUGCAUGCUGGCUUUCUUUCUUCAAGCCACGUUUCCCUCUGAGACUGUGCAAUACAUUGGCUAGACAUAUUCUGUGUUUUUCAUUUGAUUAUGUGAUCUGAAUGCCAGUGUAUCGCUGAUGGAUAUUUAACCCUUAAACUUUAGCUGCUGUAAGUGUGUCAUAUUAUCGGAGUUGAAUGGGGCAUCUGCUUAGCAUUCGGAUUACGUUGCUUUGAUCUGUAGGCUGUAAAAUCAUACUUCACAAAUAUAAUUGUGCAGGUGUCCCGUUAACACCUAAUACAUGGCUUAAUUGGACAUUUUAGUUAGUUUUGUAGGGAACAUGCAUAGUCAUUUGCUUUUUCAUAGGAACAAAAAGUAAAGCAAAUACAUGAAUCUAUUAACGCCAUAGUGCUUUACAAUUGCUAAAUGCCAUUGAUGUAUUUUGGUUUUUGCCUGAUACUGGUAAAUCUGCGUAUGGAUAGGAAAAACCAAAAUACAAAGCUUUCGUCAAACUACAGAUUGCAGAGUUAAAUAUAGGAUUGGCAGAGUUGAAGAUGAUUAUGAUGAUAUUCAAAAACUGUAAUCUGCCUUUGGUCCACUCUCUCAAUUUGCCUGAACGAUUUUAGUGUUCCAUGGCCAAAAAGAUGGUGUGUAAAAGAUCCGCCUUACUUAUUCCUUGUCUAUGGGUUCCUUAUUCCCUAAUGGAAGCUCUCUCCAGUGUCAUCUGCUGCUCCUAUUGUGUGCUGUCAUGGCACCUUAUUCUUUCCAAAUUUCAAUCAUGCCAUGUUCUGUGCUUCACUUUUGAACUUAAAAGUAUCUUUAAAAUGUCAGCCUUUAAAUGAAAAAUUUAAAAUAAAUAUAUAUUGUUGGACUCAAGCCUAAGAAGUUGUCACACUAUCGGAGUCCAGUUUCCCGCAGUUGUUGUAGAUAUUGCAAUCACCGAUUUGGUGUGCUUUGAGCACUGCAACUUACUACCCUUUUUAAAAAAAAUUCAAAUUAAAGUAAAUAAUUAUUGACUAUUAACGAAAAUAGACUCCAGAUCCACAUCUCUUUACAUUUACAGCUGGUGUGAAGUCAGUCACACACUUCUAAGCCAAUCCGCUAUGACUAUCUGAAAAGGUCAUUCGUGUUGGUCAUGCAACAGAUGUUUAUCUCAUUGCUAAUUUAAAGCUACUUCUGCUACCGUCUUCUGAUCACAGGUGGAAGUAGACCGUUCAUUGCAUAUUGCUGUGGAAGAUCAAACUGCUGUUCUAAAUACAGUUAAUACAAAAGAUAAAUACGAUUAGGUUACUGCAGUAAAUAUUCAACAAAAUGAAUACAAAGCUGCCUGCAAGGAAUGGGAACAAAUUGCCUUCUAUAGUACAGAAACCAAUGUGAAAUCCUAAAGUAACAAAUUAUAGGUGCAAAUUGGUAAAUACACAAGCUCCACUUACAUUUUAAAGGAGGCGAUGUAUAGAAAAUUGUACAGACAAAUGCCUUUUAUUGAUGUACAAUGUCCCACAUUGUACACUGGUGAAGGGGCAAUGUGCCACAAACAUUUUGUAUUAACUAUAUAUUCUAUUAAAGUUUGGAUUGCAAUAGUGCAUCUGGCCUAUACCACUUUACCUUUAUAGCCCAUUUUUAUGACUAAGUACUGUUUACAUGCACAUAUCUGCUAAAAUUCUGAUAAAUUACAAUUUUAUUUUUUCAUGUUGAGAUAAUGUAAAAGCAGAGCACAUUGGGAAGUAAAGUACUUCAUCAAUACUGGAACAGCAAUUUGAUUUGUACGUUAUAUUUAGCUUUAUUUUGCCCACAAUGUCCAGUACAAACCAGUGUUAAUUUCAUUGACUUACAAAUUUCAUCCGAUUUAGUCGACUAAAAUAAUUCAGAUGACUAAAACUAAAUAGAAACUGAUGGCUAAGACACGUCAUGGGGGAGGGGGCUGGGGAAAUGAGAUGGGGGAUUUGGGGGGAGGCAUGAGAUGCUGGGGGCCACAAUGUGACAUAGAGAGGCUGAAGGAGAAAGAGACACAAGGUGCUGGGGAGAAGAGACACAUAGGGCUGUGGAGAGAAAGAGACUGGGGAGGGGGGACAAAGACACAGGCUGGGGAAAGCGUAAAAAAAGACAGAGGCUUUACCUUAACCCAUUAGAUUUUAGUUGUGUCAACUAUACUCUACUUGAGAUUUAGUUGACUAAAACAAUUCAGGUGACUAAACUAAAAUGGCUUUUUAGUCAAAAGACUGACUAAAACUAAAUUGAAAUUUGCUGUCAAAAUUAACAUUGGUACAAACCUAGUCCAUAAUAAUGUUCUUUGGAUUACAUGGGGAAUAUACCACCUGAGAGUCUUAGAUUCCCCUGAGUUAGCAAAGAUUCAAACCUUCAUAACAGGUUAAUGACCUCCAAAGGGAAAUAUUUCCCCAUUACCAUCUAAGGCUGUUUAACAAAAUAUUCUUAAUAAAGUGUGAAAGCAUUACAAAUCAGAGUAUGUAAAAUAAAUAAAUACAUUUCUCUCUUAAUGCCUGAUGCAUGACCUAAUGAAAUGGGCUUUAAAUAAUGAGAAUCACGUUGUCAUUUAUUCUUGCAGGUUAUGGGAAGAUGGCUGGAAGCAGCGUUAUUAUAAGAAUAAAUUUGAUGUUGAUGCUUCAGAUGAGAAGUUCCGCCGUAAAGUUGUACAGUCAUAUGUCGAAGGUCUUUGCUGGGUGCUGAGAUAUUAUUACCAGGUACACAAUAUGCAUUGCAAAUAUGUUCCUGCUGUUUGCCUCUAAACAUCCCACUGUACCUUUGUCACAUUUCUAGCCUCUUGUGUUUAACUUGUUGAAACGACUGUCAUGUAAUUAGUUUAUAAACCCAGUUUUGUUAGCGCGGCAUUAACUUCCUAGACUAUACGCUUGAAGGAGCUAUUUGCAACAUGUGAGAGGAAUGUAAAGCAUAAGUGCGAAGAAUUGAAAUGACUUAAUGAAUAAGUGCUGGCAGGCUGUCAAAGGAACUGUCAUCGCUUGCCCCACAAUAUUGUGAUGUUACAUGAAGUGUAAUUGAAGUGAUCUGUGUCUGUUGAAAAUCUUUUGAUAAUUGAGAUGACAGACCGACAAAAGAUUAGUUGCGCAUAUUGGAGGAUUGUACCAAUGUAGACUAAUAACUGUUUUUUUUUUCGUUUUUUCUAACUUGUGAAAAUAGCUUCUUUUAAUACAUCUGGGGUGAGAAAAGCCAAAGUUUAACAGUUAAGCAACAAAUGGUACAGUUUUAUCAGCUGUGAUUUAAAUGUAAUUUAGUCUUUGAAUCCAGUUGAUCUCUCCCCCGGAUGUAAUGUAAUAAAAUACAUUAAAAUAGACUAAAGAGAUAAUUUCUCUUUAAUUUUCCUCUUUUGAAAAAUUGGAUGUUUCUGCAGAGACUGGAAAGUGGCUGAGUUUUCUUAGCUAAGCAUGGUUUGCCCAUUCUUCUUAAACCACGUACUUGUUACGCCAGGCAUUAACACAACAAUUAUAAAAAAACAUGAGCAUAUAACAUUCAAACAUUUUUCUGGCUUUUUUUAAAAGACACUGGCCUGCAGGUCUGUGUUUACCCUCAAGUGUACCACUUGACACUGCUGCAGUAGGGUGAGACCACACAAAACAGACCACACGUGCUACCAAGAAAGAGACCAAAAGAUGGGCAGCCUUCAGCACCUACUUAUCGGUGUCAGCCAUACCCAUCGAGGAGCUUUACAUUUCUGUGAUGGUGUAGAAUAUGUUGUACUUGUUUUAGUAGUUAGCUUUGCCAAUAGGGUACAUAAGAUAUUAAUUGUGGAGUCCAAGUGCAACUGAUGGUUUCUUUUAAUGGAUUUAUUUAAUGAGAAACAUCUUACUUGUUUUCCACAACCCUCUUAAGUACAUGACCCAGUAUUUGUUUCAGGCAAAUGUUUUUUCUGGUAAUAUAGUAUUCAAUACUGUUAGUAUUAAUAUGGCAAUGCUUCACUUUUCCUUUUUUAUGUGGUUUGUGACCUGCAUCUCAUGUUUACCUUGUAUACUCUGUGUAUUUACAGGGCUGCGCUUCAUGGAAGUGGUUCUUCCCAUUCCAUUAUGCUCCUUUUGCGUCAGAUUUUGAAGAUAUAACUGAACUCUUUACAGAGUUUGAAAAGGACACAAAACCAGUAAGUAAGCAGAUGGUACUGUUGGAGGCAUGGGAGAAAGUGACAGGUUUAUCUUUGUUUGUAAAUGGUGCACUCGAUGGGCUACAGUCAAACUUCUUUGCCUUUAUUUAAUCUUCUGCCGUUUGUUUUUUUUGGGGGUGCUUGUUUUUUUUUUAUUGAGGGAGGGAGGGGGAGUUUCUGUCCUAUUGGCAAUUCCAUGUUAGACACUAUCUUACUAUUCACUUUGCAGGGUUUGGCUCAGGAGAGCUAACAAAGUUCCUGUUUAGGAAGUUCCAGCUCUUUGCUGAUGGUAGUUGAAGCGACAGCAGCAACUUGCAGACCCAAAGUAAGGAGUCAAACCGUUCAAAAACUAUUUGACUUCUUACAAAGUGAGGACACUCCUGGUGCCAUAUCCACUAUAUUGAGCUGUAGUGGUUAUGGUGCUUGGAAUGUUAAUCUAAAAACGUUCCAACAUUUAAAGUAAACUGACAUUUUUAUUGUGUAUUAACUACAUAACCCUAGGUAAGCCUUAGAAAGUCUCACAGGCAGCUCUGAGAUAGAGAUGAUAUAGAUAUAUAUAUAGAUUAUAUUCAAACUGAGCACUUUUUCCUACAUGUAACCCAUCUAUAGGCUUAAACCACGCGAACUAAACCUUGUUCGUUUCAUUUUUAUCCCUGAAAUAUAUCCUUUACAUGGUUGCACGUGAUUCUUCGAAGGUAUAACCAUAUUCUUGACCUAUCUCCUCCCUAUUGUGCUUCCAGGUAUGCAGUAAAAUCUAGAUGCUGCAAAACUAAUUUUUUAAUUUUUUUUUAUUUUUUUUACGCUUUCUUUUUAUUCUUAGUUUAAGCCACUUGAACAACUCAUGGGCGUAUUUCCAGCUGCUAGUGGUAACUUCUUGCCACCGACAUGGAGGAAACUAAUGAGUGACCCGGUAAAGCCAUUAUUUCUUACAUUUUCAUGUUCUGCUGUAAUGUACAAGCUGCAUGUCCUGAACAAUAAAUUGUAUAUACCGUUUUGUUUAGUUUUUUCUUUAAUCUAUAUAACCGUGCAAGAAAGAUUCUUUUUGUAGACAAAGGUAGUAAAUAAGCCUGUGACCCCAUUGUAUACUUUCUGAAGGUUUUUUCCUGGAGAAAAAAAAAACUAAUUUCGCAGAAUCGCUGUUUUGUUUAAAUAUAAAACAGAAUAUUAAAUCAUAGUAGAAAAUACACCUGUAGGGUUCUCCCUAGGAAUUAAUUUCUUACACACUAUAGCUUCAAGGAAAUGCUUUCAACUGUGUGACUGGUCCUGUUCUUUUAAUUGAGAAAGCAUUGGGCAUGUGUAGCGCAUGCUCAUUGAAUACAUUAGAACAGCUAGUUGCCAGGACAUUCGGCAGUCCUUGUAGGAGGCUACACUGUUAUUCAGAAGUGUAUGUUUUAAUUAAUGUAGAUAUGAAAAAUCCAAACUAGAGUGUCUCUUUAAAAACAAACCUUAGGCAGCUGAAAUUUAAAAGUUAUUUGAAAGAUUUCUCCAGUCUGAGCAAUUAGUAAUACUUUAUUUUCCCCUCCCUCCAAUAUAGGACUCAAGUAUAAUUGACUUCUACCCUGAUGAUUUUGCCCUUGAUUUAAAUGGAAAGAAAUAUGCUUGGCAAGGUAAUUGAAUUGUGUAUUUGGUGUUGUCAUUGCAGUUCUUUACUCCUUGACUCCUUUAGCUGUGAAGGACAGGAAAGAGUGUUUCGAACAAAUUUUUUUCCCAUGUUGGAAACAGCUGGUGGUGAUCAAACAUUAAUUCAUGUCUCCAUUGUACAAAUAUUGGUGGUAUUGUCCACAAUUGGAAAAGGACAAUUUGUUAUAUGCAGAUGUCUACCUAAAAACAAGUUAGCAGGCAUGCAUGUUAAUCAAAUUCCCAUUACAUUUCUGUUUUGUUUCUGAAAAUUUAAAAUUUUUAAAGUUUGUUGUAUAAAUAUAGACCCUAUUGUAUCUUUACUGUGGCGAUCCUUUCCUUGUUACAGUAUCAAAAUGUUAAUUGGCUUCCCCUGCUGUGCAAUUUGAUGGUUACGUUCAGACAUCGGUAAUAUCACAUUUAAACCCCAAAAGCCAAUUAAUAUUUUGUCUGAGCCUUCGGAAAGAAGGCCUGGUAAGGUGAAGUAUUGUUUAUCUUAACAAUGACUUGAAUUUUGAGCAGGUUUGGGGGGGAAAUUCAGAAUAAAACCUAUAGCCUGAUUUGGUAUGAGUUUAUUAUGCUAUGAAUAGGAAAGUUGUUCAAUGUAUUUUUAUAAAAUGCUAUUGUGUGAAGUUAACCUUAUUUUGUGGUUGUAUUUUUUGGAUUCUUUUCCAUAUGCUUUGACUGUAAUUGUGCAGUUUCUACUCUGUGCAUUUAAAUAUAAAAUUUAGACCUGCAGUAAUCUUAGUUUUGUUGCUAUAUGUUAAUAUGCAUCAUAUAUGAAAAGAGCUUUCCUACAGUAUGCAGAGUUAUAUGUUGUGACAUUACUAAUGGGAUUUUAACGGAGUAAUCACUUGUUUUUCUACCUACAACAUUUGAUUCUACAUACUAAAAUGCUUACUAUUGCUGCCUUCAAUAGGUAUAAGUAAUAAAAGUCCAGGAAAACAUGGUGGAUCUGGCAUCUAUGGCCGGGAGAUGUUCAGAGUAUUUAAUUGAAGAAAUUUGACUGCAGAGAAUAUCACGGUUCAGUUUGCCUUUGGGGAAAUGUUUGAACCAAUCAUAUGAUAACAAUCCAGCAAAUAUUCUACAAAUGGGUAGUUCCUCUAUACUGUGAUAAGACAGAAAAUAUUACAUAGACUUUAAGUAGCCCCUUCCACUCAAGGAACACCAGUCAUUUUCCUGUCCUGCUUUGUAAUCUCAAACAACCUCAAUGAGCUCUGUUAUUGUCACAGCUGAAGGGGGUGGGGGAUUUAGUACAUAACUGUGACUUGGGCAAGAUGUUCCACGAGAAAGGGACAUAAUUAGAAAGGUUAAGGAUUAAGAGAAGUGGACAAAAGCUAGAGAAUUGUAUUGGGGCAUUGUUGGCAACUGGUGCCAGACAGACUGGAUGCUCCUUUCUCAAUGCGUUUUUAUAUGAUCCCCAUCCUUUCUGAUAUCCGUUCAUGUUUGGUUGUAUUGUUAAAAUAAUAGUACCCGGCACCACCAGUCAGUGCCUCUGAAUAGUAUCUUGCCCUCCAAAUGAAAUGAUUAAGAAAGUACUGUUUUGAAUGACUGCAAGCACUUAAAGAAAGCAAACACAGCCAUGUAUGUGAAGCAAGAUGGGAUGGCUGUGCUCAGGGGGACCAUAUGCCCUUUCUAACCAAAGAAUUGUGUGGUAAAUUUAUAUUGCACAACUUUGUUAAACUCAGGACUUAUUACUCAAUGCUGGGAGACUUUGACCCCAAAGUAGCCCUAUUUUGCAUGGAUGAACAUGGCCCUUAAAUUUGGUGUGCUGGUUAGGAGAGCAGCAGCAACAAAUGUGAUUUUGUUUGCAAAAACAAGCUUUUAAACUUGAAAUACUUAACGCUCAUCGAUGCCUCCUAGUAAUUUAGGUAGUUAGGCCACUGUUAUAUUGCUGUUUGUCUUUAUGACGGACCGCCUGCCAGUCCAAUUGUGCCUCCGUCGAACUAUGCUCCUAGUGCUCGCCAAGGACCAUCAGAACCACACUCAACACCAUAACCACCGCAAACCCCAUGAACCGCCGCAGCUAUGUUGGGGUUUCGCUGUCCUCCACCCACCCUGGAACCAGGACCGGGCUCCAGCUUCCAGUGGGUGAACCUCUCCUUAUUCCAGAGAGCGAAACAGGAACAGCUCUAUAUUGUGAUUAUAGCAAUCCCCAGAGUGUGGUUCUCCAAUCCCCCAAACAUGAGCCAAGACUUCAUGAAGGGUAGAACAUGUCUGUUUAAUGCAAGCCAGCACUCACAAUUUAUACAAUUCCUCAGGCGAGAGGCACACCCUCUGUACCUGAUGGAACACAGGCACACAAAGGACACAAAUUAAUCAGAACAAUACAAUGUCAGACACUCCCACAUACAGCACACAAGCCCUCCACUCUGCCUGUGAUACAAUUAACGAAGACAAUGGAAUAACUCAAUUUACUCUUAGCAGAAAAAACAUACAUUUUUACAAACCCCAAAAUACAACAUAUCCCCACAACAUAUCCAAAAAUCACCCAGAUCGGUUCAGGAAUUUCCUGGAUGUCUUAUUUUUGCCCCACCGUGCACAUGGUCCCAUGCCUAAAACAGCUCCAUACACUCGACGGCAAAACACUGCUGGACAAUUUAAGAUGGCCACCACCACAUGUUUGAAUCUGUUGCAGUUAAACGUCAAAGGGGCAGAGACAGUGCCUUUAAAAUCCAAUAUGCCCAAAUAGUGUUCUUAAAGGGCAAUCUAUCCCAGGGGCCAUAGUUACCGGGCAACAGGCUGGCAAGCAGGCCUCUCGAAAUCCCAGUGAUGAAGGUGCUUUCGUCACAGUCUUAAACUGAAGAUCAAGUGAUCUUUCAUUUCUUCAGGUUUAAUAUUUUCCAACUUUAUUGUACCAAAAAAAUAAAAUAAAAUAAACUGAGCCCUGCUUGAAGAACACUGUAAAACCUCUACAUAUUGUCCUGGCAAAUGUAGCAAAUUUACAUUUUAUUUGAACUAUUUUUACAAGAAAAUGUUUUACAUGUCCAACAAAUUAAUAUAAAGGAUUAAUAAAUUAAUGCAAAUAUCAUCUUGAAAUUUACCGAAGUUAAUGUAAUUUGAGAAUUGUUGCCUCACAAUCUUUCUUCAUCUAUGAUCAAGCAUGCAUUUUAUUUUUUUGUGAUGGAUAACGCCAAUGAGAAUUAGAAACUUCUAAAUGAGCUUUGGAGAACAUUCUUGCGUGAAGGUUUUGUGUUCAUAUGUUAAUGAUUUAUAUUGUGAUGUGUAAUGACAACCAAAAACUUACAAAAUGAAGCCCUGUGCUCAAACUCCCACUAAUCCUGGGCAGCUGCAAUGACUAUAGUACAUAUCAGCCCCAAUACAUACAAUAAAAAACAAAGAAAAGUUACUUGCGCACUAUCUCAAUCUCUAUGCACAUUUAAAUAACUAGAUUUUUUUUAUAUCACUCCAAUGGCCGUUCAAGUGUUAACUCACCUGCCAUGUCAAGGCAAAAUCCUACUUAUAGCUUAUUUAAAACUGUCAGUAUGCAGAAAUUUGGGCCUUAUUUUUGUACACUGCCUAGAGCUCUUCAGUGACUUCAUCUGUGUAACUGGAAACAUUUCAAAAAAGUAACCAAACAUUGGAACACUGUUCUGCUUUGCAAUGCUGCAUUAUCAGACUGCUUACAGCUCCUUCUGUGUUUAAUUGAUUGAUUCCUCUCCCCUCCAGGUGUUGCUCUGUUGCCAUUUGUUGAUGAGCGCCGUCUAAGAGCUGCUUUGGAAGAGGUUUACCCUGACCUCACUCCUGAUGAAAGUAAAAUUAUGAUAUUCGUCUGUGUUGUCUGUGUAAUCACUAAGGUUUUUAGCAUUAGCGUACUUAUCGUUCAUGCUCUGCUGGGCUGCAAAUGAACAAGAUAUAAUGGAUGGGCUGCUAUUGAUUGCCUUUAAACAAAUCUGUAACCUUUUGCUCGAUAGAUGAUUUAAUUGCAGUAAAUUGAAUGAUCCUUGAUGCAAAAAUGGAGCCUUGGAAACUACAAAGUAAAAUAGAACAACCUUGCGUUAAAACUUGUUAAUUAAAGUCUCAUUUACGGCUUUCUUGUGUGACUUAAAUAUGAUCUGUUUUCACAGGAAAGCCUUGUUAAGAGUAUCUGUUAAAGCUAUAACACCAAACAAUUAGAAAUGGUAGGAAUUUUAGCCGUAUAAUUAAGUUCAUAAAUUGGUUUAUGAAGGCAGAAAGCAUACACCAGAAUGAAUUAGGAUGGAUUUGGAUUAAACGUUAAUGAACUUGAUGGCAGCUAAGAAAUUAUUUUGUGCUAAGCAUUUUUUGUUCUCUUAUCGUCUUGGUAGAAAGAAGAAAUAGCCUUGGAGGUGAUCAUUUAUUUGUUGGGAAACAUCACCCAUUAAAUGAUUUCAUUCAUGAACUUUACAAGUCAAGCGCUAAAGAGGUAUGUUGUCAAUCGGUUCUUACAGGCUUUUAUAUGUCUAUGUGAGAUAUUGCAGUAAUGCAAAUUUUGAACCAGGCAUGACCCAUUGAUAUAAGGGAACUGGCUGGUUUAUGUGAUUUUCAAAAUAAUUUUCUAAUCCUACUUCUUUUUGUAGUCUCAUAACGGAACACACUACUGAUAGCCUAUUUUUUUGCACGUUUUCUCUCAAGUUAUGUGACUGCUGAGAGAGGGUAAAUAUUAAAGGGUGAAUAUUACACUCCCUUACUACAGAGGUAUUCUGAAAUCAUUCACCUGACCUGCACCAUGAAGCCCUAGGUGGACUCCUUGACCAAGGGAUUGUCCAUAAUUCAGUUCUUUGCAUCUUUCUCAUGUUUCAAAGCAUUCUAAGGCUAGAAAGAUUAAUCUGCUGAGCAUCUUGGUCCAUACAAACUCUUAGCACAUGAUUGCUGUUAGUUAUAUCAUGCUCUGUAUUAAUGGAUUGGUCCCCCACCUUGUAGUUUGCAUGUUUUUUAUUUUUUAGUAUGUGUUUUGUUUAAGCAGAGAAAAUAUCUAGAUAUUUUAUUUAUUUUUUCAUAAUCCUCCUAUGCAGUUGUAAAUGUCACUCUUGAUGUUGAAAGAGGGCAGUGGGUGGUGUGUUGAUGUCCCUUUCUUCCUCAUAUAUGGGUUCUCAUGUUUGUAUGUUUUGUUUUUUUUAUACGUCUUAGCCAACGGAAAUUCCUCCUGAGUUGUGCCAUGGUAUUCAGGGUCAUCUUGAAACUGACGAAGGAGCAAUUCUUCCACACGAGUAAGAAUAAUUUUAUUUUAUUUUUUGCAAUGCUAAUUUUAAUGUGACUCUACAUUUGGCAUAUGCUUUAAAAUAACUGGCUUGUGUAAUAUCAAUAUGGUUUGUAUUCGUCUCUAGUAUUGAACAAAAAGUACUUAGUGAUUAGUAAGUAGAGCUUACAUUUUAGAAAGCGAUGCAAAAGUAUUGUCAUGUCUGUGCUAUAAAAAUUUUGUCACGGCAUGUCCUGCGUUAUACAACUAGCACUUGUUGCAUGUGAAAUUUGUCCUGUAAUAUCUUACUAUGAAAUGAUUGUGCUGUUCUGGUCUUCAGAGUAAAGGUUCUCAUUGAAGUUAGUGUUAAACAGUUAUUGUUUGCCCACCUCGCUUAGUAAUGGAAAGAGCAAUCCCAAUGUGCUAGGUUGUAUCAUUUUUAGUCAUUAACUUGCUUACUCUACCCCAUUUUUACUUCUGCAAUGUUCCUUCUACUAGGGUUGUGGAAUCUCCAGUUCCAAUGUUACGUGAUCUUUCUGAGAAUUUCUCUAUAAGGUAAGUGCUCUAUUAUGUUAAUUAUUUAGCUAAUUUUAGUGUUUAAUAUUUUCUAACUUUUGAAUCAAUUAUAGAAUCUUAACAUUUUAUUUGUGUUGAUCCAUGGAGUUAAAAAAACAAACAAACAAAAACCAAAUUCCUUUUUGUGUUCAGCAAUGUUUAAAUACCGUAAUCAUAUGAGUGUUGGGGCUGCCAUGAUCUCUAGGGAUGUAGGAGUCCAUUAUGCAUAUCCAUGAACCGUUCCCUGGCUCAUGCAGUUUGAGUACUGUGACAUGAUUAAAUGGGCAACGAUAGAGAGACACACAUGUGUACUUACACAAAGACUGAGUUUAUGGGUUGCUAAGGAACAGCACAGCAUUGGGUAUAAAAAUAUAAAAAUAAGAUGUUAACCCAUCUAGAAUGCGAGUUGUAAUCUCUUUAACCUUCUGUUGACUUUUUAUUUAUUUUUCAUGUUUUCUCAAUAGCAUCAAGUUUAAAGACCCCCAGUUUGAAGAUGAUUAUGUCUUCAAGGCAGUGGUUUUACCAGGUGCAAAGUAAGUGUAUGCAAGAAACUCUUAUCAUAAUGUGUUGUGCAGGUCAAAUAAAGAGAAUGAGGCAAAAAAACAGAUUUUAUUUUUUAACCUAGAAAGCCGGCGAUAACGUUAAAACCCGGAGACUGGGAGAGGACAAAUAACAAUGGAAGACCAUGGAGGCCACAGAUUGGCUUUAACCAAAAUAGAAAGCAAAUGCAUUUGGAUCAGUCAUCCUUCAGGACUUUGGGGUAAGUGACACACAUCCUAUAUAUACAGUGUGAACCUUUUUAUAAAGGGAAUAUCACUUCUGUGGAAUAAAUCACUGAAAAUCACCUAUAGCUUGUGCUAUCCUCUUUAUUUCAGGUUUUGUUUUUUAAAUUGAAUAUUUAACAAAUUACACCACAAUCCAGCUCAGUCAAGGCACAGCCAUGGGCACACAAAGUAAAUGAGCAGUAAAAAUAGAAACAAUGUUACAUUGGUGUCGAUUUCUACAUUUAACUUUUCCAAUCUCAGAAAUGCAUAUUGUUAAAUUAGGGUUAAGCAGACCUAAUCUUAAAUAUUCUGGGAAGUGAUGGCUAAAAUGUAGCUUUUGUUUGUACUUUACUUCAAAUACUUUGAAAUCCUUUCAAAUAGAGCAGAGGUUUUUAGUUGCACCCUAGAUGUGCAUGUGAAUUAAAGGAACACUGUAGUGUCAGGAACAAAAACAUGGAUUCUUGACACUACUGGUUAAAUGACUAUUUAGAUCUUGAGUCCCCUGUCUGUACUGUAAAUUUUAUUUUUAAUUUUUUUUUUUUUUUUACAAUUUGCAUUUCUUCCGGCGCCACUCCGGUCUCACAGCAGCUGGUCCCGCCUCUGUUGCUGAGAUCAUCAAACACGAGGUCUGCCAAUCCAAUGCUUUCCCAUAGGGUAUAAGCUGCUGCGCAUACAUGGUAACACGCAGUGCUUGGCCAAUCAGCAUCUCCUCAUAAAGCUGCAUUAAAUCAAGGCAACGUUAUGCAGUGUGUUCAGCAUGGAGACUCUGAACGCUAGCGCUGACCCAGGAAGCACCUCUAGAGGAAGUCUGAGUGACUGACUGCCUCUAGACUGUACUAGGCAGUAAUUUUAAAUACUGAAUAGUAACAAUGAACUUGUGCAUUCUGAGGUAUGCUUUUGAUGUUUUAAUAGUUCCAUAAUCUUAAAGGAACUAUCUAAGCACCAUAACUACUACAGAGUGUUGUAGCUGCUACGGUGCCACGAUUCCUACCUAACGGUAAAAUGUUAACGGUUUUGAAUGGUUUGACUCCUACUAGAGUGCCUGCAGUUCAGUCACUCUUCCAUUAUAGGUAAAGUUGGAUGUGGCUAUUUCCUCAUUUGAUAUAGAACGUUUAUUACUUUUUGGAGAGAUUUCUUUUGCUGAGAAUGUCUUGGAUCAUUUAAUUGCACAUGAACAUUUGCUGUAAAUUUGCAACAAUGGUGCAUAUAUCAAUUUAGAAUUUUAUUAGUUGGUAAUGGUUAAUCUAACACUAUAUGUAUUUUUUUAUCAGCCAUGUCUUGCCACAAAGCAGAGGACCACGGGGAGGACAUUAUAGCAACAUCCCUCCACCUGGUGCUUAUAAUCCUGUGAAUGCCUACAGAAUGCCUUCUAGACAGUCCCAGAUGCAAAGUAAGUUGUUAGUCUGUGUUUGAUAUUGUUUCUGCAGUUUUGAGCAGGUUUCUCAGGUUGACAUACAUCGAUUAUUAAAUACACAAUUACAGGGACAUUGAUGGGUACCCAGACCACUUCCUUAAUUCAGUGAAUCCACACUGCUUACAUUGCAGGUUUAAGACUGCCUCUAGUGACGAUCUGCCAGACACUUUCUGUUUAUCACAAAAUUUGACUCCGUGAAACGACGCUGGAAGUCCUCAUUAGUACGUCCAGCGUCUUGAAAAACAACAUAGGAUAGCAUUGAUGCUUCCCUUAAGGAAGGCCUAAUUCGCACACGCUGCGCAUUCACAUUAGGUUCCGUCCAUUGCCGAACUCAGAGGGAACUGAGCCAGUGACGUUGGACCUGUGUACUGUAAAGUUUUGGGGUUUGUAUUUUUUUGCUUUUAUCAAUGGGGGGGGACAAUAAACUUAGGGCAGAUGGACACUAGUGUUAAGAAUACAGUUUUGAGAUGUUCCCAUUGUUUAACAUCACAUGCAAUAGUCCCCUAUAUUUUUAACGUCAGCCUUAAGAAACUUCAUUUUCUUGCAUUCUGCCAUUUUGUUGGUAAUGGCACAUAUCUGUAAUAUGGAAAACUACUGAGUGGGAAUGUAGUCUGACUGAAGAGCAAUGAUUCUGCCUAGGCAAGGAAUAGAACAGCAUUUAAAAAAAACAAAAACAAAAAAAAACAUUUCUUUAGCUGAAAUAAAACAGUCCUUAAACCAGAGUUUGGUUUGUCAUAAAAGUAAACGGUCUCUUGCUUUGUUUGUUACUGGCAUGUGAAAUGCAGCAAGUGGCAAACUGUUACAGCAGAGAAAGCGUUAAGAAGUGGUAUUUGUCUGAGCCAUAGUGUGCAUUAUGCAUUGACCUCCUAUGGAGUUGCAGUGCUUUGAGCUCUUCGGCUAGCAUAUUUCUGUAUACAAAGCCAUAAUAAUGGAAAUUGCAUUGCUCUGGCAGCUAUCCAGAAUGACAACUAGAUUGGAGAAUAGCUGAGCCUUGAAGGAAAGACACCUAAAAAUGGAUUUUGUAUAUUUGCCAGAGCACUGUCUAGUACACGCAGACAGUAACAUUACUGUGGAGAAGGGCAGUGCGGUCAAUCAAACGACCACCUCUUUCAAGUGCCUGUUGUGGGUGUUUCUUUCUGCUUUUCCUUGAUUUGACAUUGAUGUACCAAUUUUCCGCUGAUGAAUAAUUGGCUAUAUGCUGAUAACUUGAAGGAGUCAAGUACAGUCUGCCGGCACUCUCUGUGAAUGGCAUAUUUGGUUUAUGCAAACCAGAGUGUCUGAUUUAUGACUUUCUCAUAUUGCAUUCUGUAAACUUGUCAGUUAGCUGAAUCUGAAAGUGAUUUUGAUUAGUGCAAUCAGUAAACACGAGGUCUUAUCUUUGAUUGCCUAGCUGAUUAGAUAAAUAGUCACUUAAGUAGCUGUUGGAGCAUUUAGUUUAUAGUUUAAUGCUUUUCCUGCCUAUAAAAUCUGAGUCUCUUCCCAUCCCCAGUAUGCACACUUUUAUUUUUUUAUUUUUUUUAUAUAUUUCUUGAGUACCAUUUAGUGUCAUGCAUAUCUAAAGAUCUAGCAUGAGAUUGAAAUGCAUAACUGUGUUUUGAGCUUUAUUGCAGUAUUGAUUGUCUGCGUCAGUUUAGAUGUACACGCGUGCAUGAUUAUAUAGGCUGACGUGUAUGUAUAGUAAUUUGGAUAUUACAUGUACUUUCAUGACUUGAAACACAAAAUUGAAUACAGAGCAAUUUGCCUCUUUUUGCAAGGUUAGACUAGUGAGAAAAUGUGUUUUCAUAGUGUGUACUUGCCAUUUCUUAAUGGGAUUUUGAAUCUUGCACAUGUUUCUUUUGAUGCUUAUGUCUUUUCUAUUCCUGUAAACAGCUGGCCAAAAUUUCCAAAUAUUUAUUAUUUAUAGUUUUUAAAACUCUUCAUUUGUCUUGUUGCUGACACUUUUUCUCUACUAUGGUGUGUUUAAAUAUAUCACUUCGUAGAUGUUUUCACAGUGAGUGACAUUUAAAAAGCGUAGUAGAUGGAGGUUUACUGAUGUGCGGGGCUGAGUACCUUUUUUCAGUGCAGCACCAAAGCACACCUAUCCCAGCCCACGAUAAGUGGGAGUUGCACUCAAAGGCAGCUGAUGCUACAAUUAAUUUGUUUGCUGCAAUUUGUUAUAUGCCAGCAGAGGUUCUGGAGAAAUAAGGACGUUGAAUACUAUAUCCCAGGUUCCCUCCCUGAAUAUUACUAAUGGGUUGAAUGGAGGCUUCAAUAUUAGUCACCAGACAUUUAUGUCUCCGUACCACCCAAAUAUUAAUGAAGCCCUGUUCAAUUUUUAAUGCCAAUGCACUAAAUAGGAUCUAAUCGUACCAAAUAGUAUCUGUGAAAGACUGUCUACCACUCUCCCAGAAUGCCUUGUGAAUUAUGCAAAGAAGCAGAUUUCAGAUUUCCAGUCCUACACUAGCUAAGACAUGAAUUGUGCUUUGGCUGAAGUUGGUUCAGGCACUGUCCUUCCAUGGAUAAAUAAUGGAUCUUGUUAUAUUGUACGUGGGACUUAAUAAACUCUGUUUCUGAUUUUCUUUCUUUGCAUGUCUUUACAUAUUUUACUGAGGAUUCUUUGUUUGUAUUCUAUGCAUGCAAUUGGAACACGUUCGAAUAGGAAUCUAAAGAUGUGCAAAAUAUGUAGUUGGAGUGUUGUGUGCGAGGUAUCUAUUGAUUGUAACCUUUCCUGCUGUGAGCUGACCAGUCUUGUUUAGAAGAAAAGCAUCCAUCUAAUUGCUGCCUUUGUUAUGGCUGCCCUCGCUAAUGUAGCAUUGUGGGAAACAAAGGAAUGAGCAAGUGGGUGGUCCUUCAGUGCACACUUUCACUGCUCCACCAUGAUCUGCUCCUGAAACAGAUAUUCACAUUUCCUCCUUUUUGCAACGUAAACCUUGUUUUCUGUCGCACAUCAAGCUUGAAAAAUGGUAGCAUGUGCAAAGUCUGCUGCCUCACAGCAGGUUUCAAUCGUAUUUUAUUCUUUUAAUGUUUGAAUCAAGAUCCCCAUAAAACCUCUGCUAAAUUUGAACCUGGUCCUGUAACUUUUAAUAUUGUUAAUGUUGUGCCUAUAUGCUAGACUAAUACCAAUAUUUUAUGUACAUUGUUUGUUUUUAAAAGAUUUUAUAACUCCUGUAGAUUCAAGGCCUCAAAAUUCAUGGGGAAGCCGCCCGCCUCUCUUUAACCAUCCGCCACAAAGGUAUGAUCUUUAAGAAUAGGAUGUUUGAUAUUUUUGUUUUAUUUUUCUUAACAUCAUUUUGUGUUUAAAAUUGACACCCAUUCUUGUGUGUGGGAAUUGUUUGCAUUUUUACUUUUUUUUUUGAUUUUCUGUUCCUCGAUCCCGCACACCUAUUCUUUUACACUCCAGUGAUUUGAAAAUAUCUCGCCAUCUAAAAGGGUAUUCAGAAUAUAGCUUAGGCGUAAUAGUCCUACAUUAUGUACAAUAUAUUGAACACGUAUAUGGUGCCAAUAUCAAACUGUUGCAUUAAACAAAGCCAUUCUAUCUGUUUCUUUGUUUUACUUUCAUAAUGCAUGUGUGCAUUUUUCUUGUAUGCUUAAGAGUUUUUAACAAUGUCAUUGCCAGAGGGAGUAAGUGAUAAAUUUAUGAGCUAUAAACCGUGUGCUCCUCUGUUACUCAUAGGGUUAAUGAGCCAUAACUAAUGGUCUUCCACUUUAUCAGCUCCUUGCUAGGGCUGCCAUGUUAGCACAGACCUGCCAUUGAUUCUUGCUACAAACCUCUUGAAGUCCUAAUCAGCUUCUUUGGUACAACUUUUUCAAGCAUGACAAGCCUAUUGUAGCGCAGUGUCAGUGUAGGUCAGUAGUUAUUAGUUGUCACUGAAAACAGUUUCUUUAACUACUUAAGACUGAUCUGAAUUAAAAGCAGAAGGGACUUGGGUGAAGAUUAUGGAAUCUGCAGACCAAUAAGUAGCAAGCAAUAGAAAGAAUGUGACUUGGUUUGAUGAUGAGAUGUUGCACAUAUGGUCUCUGACAAAACACCGAAGUUUGUAAUGUCGUCUUGCUGCAAUAAUCUCUGAAUAUUUUUUUUUUUUUUGCUUAUUUCAUUCUGUGCUCCGAUAUCGAAGAAAUAUAGCAUGAAGUAUCCAAUACAAACAUUUAAAAACAAAAAAAACAAUAGUAAAUAUUCAAUUACCACCUCUUUCCUAUUGUGUUGGUAAAAUACUUUAACCUGAAAGCUGAAAUCUUUGAUUUUGAUCAACUACACUGGAAACAUUUAGACCUGAAAUCUAAAUUGUAUUGGAUAAAAAAAGAAAAUUCCUCUUUAUAUGUAAACUCAUUUACUGAAAGGUCGCUUAUUUUUAUGGUGCAAAUCAUUUAUGUUCCAGUCUACAGUUAAAUUCAGCAACGUGUAAAUAUAAAUUCUAGAGUGUCCAUUAUUUAACUGCCACUGUGUUCCUUACGGUCACAUUUUUUUGAGUACUUAUCUGUUUUCUGUAAAAUACAUAGUAAACACGUUGGAAAGCAUCACACACCUGUAUUUUUAUGAAGCAGCAUAAAGCAUAGUCGUUUGUCCAUGUUUCAUACAAUCUCUGAAUUGGUUUGAUACAUUGAAGCAAUUAAAACAUUUGUUGCUGCUAGUAAUAUGGGGUACCAAUUUAGGUCAUAAUAGAUGUUGAAUUUGUGUUCUCGUAUAAACUGUAUACCAAAUGUCAGUCUAUGCCAAUUAGUGCUGAUGUUGCUAGGUCACCACGGUCAAUUGAAAACCACAUCAAUAGAACUUGAAAAGGUUUCUUCCAGAUCAGACCUUCUGACAUAUUGCACAGAAUAAUGGAUGGGAAAAAAGACAAGGGCCCCUACCCUAGAUUCAAAAUUCUUUGCUGUAAGAAUUCAUUUGCAAUCUGCAAUUAACUAGGAAGAAAGGCUAGUCUAAAGGGCCCGGACUUUCUGAUAAUAAAGCAUUCUCCCAAGUUGCUUAUGUUUACCAUUUGGAUAAUGUAUUUUGUCUUUGCAACCUUGUGUUUGCUUCUUUGCACUCUUAUAUUUUUUUGUUCAGUGGAAACUGAAACUUUUGGACUACAGACUUUAUUUUAAAAAAUUUUUUCCCUUCACUCUUCUGAUACCAUACAUUUAUUCAAAACAAAUGCUGAUAAACCAUAAUUUAAUUUUUUUAAUUUUUUUAUUUAUUUAUUUAAUUUAAUAUAGGCAAUACAAGAUUUGCAUGAGAUCAUCUUAUUUAUCCUAAUUCUUGUUCUUAUGCUCUUACAGAAGUUAUGGACAAAUGCAGAACCCAAAUCCUCCAUUCCCGAAUCCGCAAGUUGGACACGGAGGUCCGAGUAACUAUUAUCAGAGACACGGAGACAGGAAUAGACAGGUAAAUAACAAGCCAGAUAUUUUUUAUUUAUUUUUUGACUGUUUUUGCCUAUGUAGCGGUCUGCUUAGUUUUUAAUUUUGUUGUAUUAAGUAUCUUUAUUAGUGUGUGAGAAUCAUUAGUCAUUAACUGACCAUAUACAAAUGUUAUUACCGUGAUGCAGUUAAAUAGGAAUUCCACGAGGGUGUUGGGUGAAAUUUCUCCACCCACAAAUGUAAUCGUGUUGACUCACUAGAAUGUCUUGUUUUACAAAUCCCAUAUUCUUUCAGGCCAAUGUUUGGAAGAUACUUAAACGGUUUUGUUCAGCCAUCCACUUUUUCUUAUGAUGGCAUUGUUACAUUUCAGCCUGAGUCAAUAAAGUGAUUUGUUUUGUGCACACUUAAUCCAGUAAACAAACGCUUUUAUUUUUUGUUUUUCAGGGGUACAACCAAGGAAGGAAUUUUCCUUUACCACCGCAAUCUGGAAGAUACAAUUGGAAAUAAAUGUUUUGUUUUUUAUCGGAGACUUGGUUUUUCCGUUUUUUUUUUCUUUAUUUUUUAAACAAAACAAUUAUGUGACAUUUUUAAAAUAUAAGAACACUUUCUGUGUUUUUGUUUUUUAGAAAAGAAAAAUCUGGUCCAUGUAAAAUGUGUGCUUUUUGUGAUUGUACUGUGCUUUCUUAGUGCUUGGGUCUCAUUGUAAAGUUGUAUUUGUUCUUUAUUUUAUUUUUUUUAAACUGAAAAUUGCAUAAAGCUGUUGGCACUAGACACACAUUCUCUUUAAAAUGUACUCUGAAUAGGAGAUUUUGAUUGGUUUAAAUUGUGUUCUACAACUUCUUAUGUAGAGGUUUUUUUUAACAGCAGAUCAAUACACACAUACUUACAUACUGUGCAUAUUUUUAUAUCUCAGUGAUAUGUGAAACUUUACUCUGGACUUAUUUUUUAGAAAUAAAUUGUAAAGUCGCAAGGAAGCAAAUCCUGCAUAUGUGAUUUUAAAAGGCAAACAAAUGUAAAAGGUUCCUGAUUUUUGUUUUUUAAUGUGAUCAUUAUUAAAAUGUCUCUAGUUUAGUAAUCCUAUCUUUCUGGUUUUGUGUUUUUUUUUUAUAUAUAUAUUUAUAGUUUCUCAAUUUGCUUUUCACAUUUCAUCCUCCACAACCUUUUAAUAUGCGCUUUCUCAAUAAGUGUUUGUUUUUAAUUUUAGAUCUCAUUGUUGGGGGUAAAACUUUGCUAUUGCCCACUUGACAAGUCUUUUCAAAAUUGUCCAUUCGAGGAAGACAUUUUUUCUAUCCAUCAGAAAUCAUUGCUUCUAGAGUAAUUAUCCAUUUCACAAGGUUAAAUACAUAUCAAACAUUCAUAAAUCGAAGAAUAUUAUAGUAUAUCAUCCCUUAGCAUUUAUGCUUAAGUAUGCGAUAUUAACAUCCAAUGCUUCU